CGCUGGAGCGCACUCCGUCUACUCUCCUACAUCCACCCUUCUCUCUCUCCCUCCCUCCCAGCCUUUCUCCUCCCCCUCUGGAUAAUUGUUUGGUGUAUGUGUGUCAGUCCGCGCUGAGGCUGUGUGGAGUGAGCAUGGACCAUGGGCUGCUAGUGGUAGCGCUAUACAGAAACCAAUAGGCUGUUCUACUGACUUGACUGUACAUUUACAGUGCUUAGGCACAGGCUAGGCACAUGUGAUCUUGGACAGCGGGUUCCCAAUGAAAUGUAAACAUUUGCUUAUGGACUGAAGUACAUGGGGUUUUGGGGGUUGUGCAUACACAUUUAGACUUGGCUAUCUAUGUAUUGAUGAGGAACGGUGGAGAGACAUGAAGAUUUGCAAGGUGUCCGUCCGUCCAUGAGACGCGUCUCAAGGAGCCGAAACCAAGACUGCAACUACAUGAUUGGAGGCGUUUCUCUUGAACCCAGUAUACACAGUUUCUAUUUUCUUUUAGGUUGUAAUAUGAUAUUGUAUAGUUGCGUACAUAUUGGAAAAAUAGACAUGACCAUUGCAAGUUAACUCGUGGGACAAACAGCUGGAAUUUCAGAUGAUCGCGAGAGACUGAUUUGGUUCUUACGGUUGUGGAAAUUAAUCGAUCCCGGGCUCGAACGAGCGCGCUACAAUGAAUCCUCUAAAUUAUUGGACAUCACAACUGGCUUUAGUCAGUAACUAGGAGCUAUAUAAAACUUGAACUAUUAAAAUAAGUACAUUUGCUGCUGUUUGGACAUAUUUUCCUGGCAAAAUCCAAGGAUUUGCGCACAAUCCGUGGAUGUUUAAUAUGCUAGUAUGGGUCCGCUAGCGUUCAUCCUUGUUGCUGGAUUAUUGUACUUUCAAGUUGAUGGAUCCCGUCUGCGCCAGGAGGACUCCCCACCCCGGAUCGUAGAGCACCCCUCUGACCUGAUCGUGUCCAAGGGGGAGCCCGCCACCCUCAACUGCAAGGCGGAGGGGCGGCCCAGCCCCACGGUGGAGUGGUACAAGGACGGGGAGCGGGUGGAAACGGACAAAGACGACCCGCGGUCUCACCGCAUGCUACUUCCCAGCGGCUCCCUCUUCUUCCUACGCAUCGUCCACGGACGACGCUCCAAACCGGAUGAGGGCUCCUACGUCUGCGUCGCCCGCAACUACCUGGGAGAAGCUGUCAGCCGCAAUGCAUCCCUGGAAGUAGCAUUGCUGCGUGAUGACUUCAGACAGAACCCUACAGACGUGGUGGUGGCAGCGGGGGAACCGGCUAUCCUGGAGUGUAUCCCCCCUAGAGGUCACCCUGAACCCACCACCUACUGGAAGAAGGACAAAGUACGCAUCGAAGACAAGGAGGACAGGAUUACUAUCCGAGGAGGGAAGCUGAUGAUCUCCAACACCAGGAAGAGUGAUGCUGGCAUGUUCAUCUGUGUUGGCACAAACAUGGUGGGAGAGAGAGACAGUGAGACGGCUCAGCUGACUGUGUUUGAGCGUCCCACCUUCCUGCGUCGGCCCAUCAACCAGGUGGUCCUGGAGGAGGAGGGGGUAGAGUUCAGGUGCCAGGUGCAGGGAGACCCCCAGCCCAACGUACGCUGGAGGAAGGAUGAUGUUGAUGUACCCCGUGGGAGGUAUGAGAUCAAGUAUGACAAGGAGGACUACCUGCUGAGAGUGAAGAAGGCGUCGGCCAGUGACGAGGGCACCUUCACCUGCCUGGCAGAGAACCGCGUGGGCAAGGUGGAGGCCUCUGCCAGCCUCACCGUCAGAGCUCGCCCUGUAGCUGCACCCCAGUUCGUCAUCAGGCCGCGGGACCAGAUCGUGGCCCAGGGUCGCACCGCAACCUUCCCCUGUGAGACCAAGGGCAACCCACAGCCUGCAGUCUUCUGGCAGAAGGAGGGUAGCCAGAACCUACUGUUUCCCAACCAGCCCCAGCAGCCCAACAGUCGCUUCUCUGUGUCCUCCAGUGGAGACCUGACCAUCUCGGCUGUGCAGCGGGCAGACGCAGGCUACUACAUCUGCCAGGCCCUGACCGUGGCUGGCAGCAUCCUCGCCAAGGCCCAACUAGAGGUCACAGAUGUGCUGACAGACAGGCCUCCGCCCAUAAUCCGUCAGGGUCCUUCCAAUCAGACGCUGGGAGUGGACAGCGUGGCCCUGCUAAAGUGUCAGGCGUCAGGAGACCCCAUCCCCUCCAUCAGCUGGCUGAAGGACGGGGUCAGUCUGCUAGGGAAGGAUCCCCGCAUGUCCCUGCAGGAGCUGGGCAGCCUCCAGAUGAGGAGCCUCAGGCUCUCUGACUCUGGGAUCUACACCUGUGUGGCUGCCAGCUCCAGUGGAGAGACAUCAUGGAGCGCCUUCCUGGAGGUCAAAGACCAAGCUGGUGUGAUGGUCAUUAAGAACCGUGAUGACAACGAGCUCCUUGGCCCUCCCUCCAAACCCGACGUCACUGACGUCACCAAGAACAGUGUCUCGUUGUCCUGGCAGCCCGGCCUGACUGGGGCCACGCCCAUCUCCUCUUUUGUCAUCGAAGCCUUCAGCCAGUCGGUGAGCAACAGUUGGCAGACGGUUGCAGACCACGUGAAGACCACGCAGUACACGGUCAAAGGCCUGCGCCCCAACACCAUCUACCUGUUCAUGGUACGGGCGGUCAACACCCAGGGCCUCAGUGACCCCAGCCCCAUGUCAGAGCCCGUCAGGACACAAGACAUCAGUCCUCCAGCCCAGGGGGUGGACCACAGACAUGUGCAGAAGGAGCUGGGGGAGGUCAUAGUUCGUCUUCACAACCCGGUCGUCCUGAGCCCCACCACCAUUCAGGUCACCUGGACGGUGGACCGUCAGUCCCAGUUUAUCCAGGGCUACAGAGUUCUGUACAGGCAGAUGUCUGGCCUGUUUUCCCCAGGACCCUGGCAGACCCAGGAUGUGAAGAUCCCCUCAGAGCGCAGUGUGGUCCUCUCCAACCUCAAGAAAGGCAUCCUCUAUGAGUUCAAGGUCCGGCCCUACUUCAAUGAGUUCCAGGGCAUGGACAGUGAGUCCAGGUCGGCUCGCACCACAGAGGAAGCUCCCAGUGCCCCUCCCCUGCAGGUUACAGUCUUGAUGGUGGGCAAUCAGAACAGCACCUCCAUCAGCAUCUCCUGGGACCCCCCUCCUCCAGACCACCAGAACGGCAUCAUCCAGGAGUACAAGAUCUGGUGCCUAGGGAAUGAGACACGCUUCCAUGUGAAUAAGACGGUGGAUGCAGCCAUCCGGUCGGUGGUUGUGGGGGGGCUUCAGGUGGGGGUGCUGUAUCGGGUGGAGGUUGCCGCCAGCACCAGCGCAGGGGUGGGGGUCAAGAGUGAACCUCAGCCCAUCGUCAUCGGUAAGGACUUCCGUGACGUGAUCAUAAGUGGGAACAGGAACAACAGCAUCACGGAGCAGAUCACAGAUGUGGUGAAGCAGCCAGCGUUCAUAGCUGGGAUCGGAGGGGCCUGCUGGGUUAUCCUCAUGGGCUUCAGUAUCUGGCUGUACUGGAGGAGGAAGAAGAGGAAGGGGCUCAGCAACUACGCAGUUCAGUCCUUCACCUUCACCCCUGCAGUGACGUUCCAGCGUGUUGACGGAGGUCUGAUGAGCAAUGGAAGCCGACCAGGCCUGCUGAAUGCCGGUGAUCCAGGCUACCCGUGGCUGGCUGACUCCUGGCCUGCAACCAGCCUGCCUGUCAACAGUGGCUCCGGUGGACCCAAUGACCUUAGUAACUUUGGACGAGGAGACACCAGUAGUAAUGGGGAUAAGACUGGCACCAUGCUCUCUGAUGGAGCCAUCUAUAGCAGUAUAGACUUCACGACCAAGGCUAACUACAACAGCCCCAGCCAGGGCUCCCAGGGAGCCACCCCCUAUGCCACCACACAGAUACUCCACUCCAGUAGUAUCCAUGAGCUGGCUGUGGACCUCCCCGAGGCCCAGUGGAAGGCCUCCAUCCAGGCCAAACAGGAGAUGGCCAACCUGGGGUACUCCCUGCCCGACAAGAACUCCUGCAACAACACACUCCUUUUCAUUCCUGACUACCGAUUGGCCGAGGGAUUGUCUAAUAGAAUGCCACACAACCAAUCACAAGAUUUCAGCACCACCAGCUCAGACCGAAGCGGCAGCCUAUCAGGUGGUAAGGGGGGUAAGAAGAAGAAGGCCAAGGUUGGCGCCAAACCCACCAAGGCUAACGGCUCCAGCUGGGCCAAUGUGCCCCUGCCCCCUCCACCUGUACACCCUCUCCCUGGCACCGAGAUGGACCAUUACCCCAACGAGCACUAUGAAGGAGGAGGGUAUGAGAGUGAUGGCUGGGGUCCUCCCAUGCCCGUGCAGACCUACCUCCACCAGGGAAUGGAGGAUGAGCUAGAGGAGGAGGAAGAGAGGGUCCCCACCCCACCCAUGCGUGGAGUGGCCUCGUCCCCAGCAGCGGUGUCCUUCGGUCAGCAGUCCACGGCCACCCUCACCCCCUCUCCCCGGGAGGAGCUGCAGCCCAUGCUCCAGGCCCACCUAGACGAGAUCACCCGUGCCUACCAACUGGACAUGGCCAAACAGACAUGGCUCAUGCAGGGUGGCUCCCUCCCCCCCCUCCCUCCCCAGGCUCCCGCACCUCCGGUGGGGUACGUGUCCAGCACCCUGGUGUCUGACCUGGAGACUGACAUCCAUGACGAGGAUGAGGAAGAGGAGGAGGAUGACAGCUAUGAGAUGUCCAGGCCUCUCUAUGGUAUUGAGCAGACGCCAGGGUCCAGCAUGGACAACCUAGACAGCUCCGUAACAGGGUCCAUGGUUAACGGCUGGGGGUCAGCCUCAGAGGAAGAUGACCGUCACUACUCCAGCCACAGGUCCAGUGUGGGCAGCUCCUCUGACGGGUCCCUCUACACCCAGUGUAGCUUCGCCCAGGCCCUGGUGGCAGCCGCUGACAAGGCAGGCUACCACCUGGAGGGCACCAGCCUGGCCAAGAGAGGUAAAGGGCUGUCCCACCGGGCCCGGCCCAGCAGUCCCUUCUCUACAGAUGGCAGCAUGGUGGGCACACACAGCCUGGGCCACCAGAGGGCUGCCCGGCCCACCCGCAAGCCCCGGGGACAGGGCACCGCGCCCCACAAGAGAGACGCCAGUGCAGACGACCUACCUCCUCCCCCUGACCCCCCUCCCAUCCAGGGACCAGGGCCUAUCCAGGGAGCCCGUAGUGUAGGCGGUGUGUGCCCCCCAACCGAGAAGAAGGCCUCGUCCCUGGAGCGCCAGCCCAUGUGUGGUGCCAUGCCCCUGUCUGGGCUGGAGGAGAUGAAGAGCUGCAUGGACAGACAGACACGCACCUCUCUGGAGCGGCACCGCCAGGCCCAGGACAGACUAGCAUCCAUGGACCGAGGAGACGACCCACGCAGGGGACACAAAACAGAGGGGUGCCUGCCCCCCUACAGUAAACCCUCGUUCCCCUCCCCUGGGGGCCACAGCUCCUCUGGGACAGCCUCCUCUAAGGGCUCCACGGGGCCACGCAAGGGAGAGGGACCUCGAGGGCCACACCAACGGACUACCACAGACCACAAUGACUUCCUGGGGACCAACGGACAGGGACAGUACUCAGGCGAGUUAUAGUGACCUGUCUGCAGUAGGAUCUGAACUAAACUGGAGUAAAGCCUCGUCGUCCUCAUCAGAAUUAUGCCUCGUCUGUUGGUGUAAUGAACUUUGUCCUUCUUUGUGUAUUAUCAGAGGAGAGGAGCAGGAAGAUGACGAUGAUGACCACCAUAACAGAACUGUAAAUGUGAUGUAUAAACACAGACAUACAUACUGUACAUCCCACUAUGUUGUUGUCCUCAAGAAAAUGAUUUCCCACCUUCCACCUUCAUUUUUUUUCAGUCAGAAAAGAGCAAGUUAACAAAACAAUUAAAACACCUUUAUGAGAAAACAAAUUUUCAAAGUAACUGUCCUUGGGGAAAAAAAGUGAAUCUUGUUUCCUGUAAAUAGAUGAUUUACCUUGUUGUUGCAUUGCUAUGCAAGCCUACUUCAGUUUGAGCUUCUUCAUUCCAUACUGUUGGUUAUAUCUAGUCAUUUGUAUUAUACGUGAAUUGAUAGGCUGGUGUGCCAUAAAAUAAUUGUUUUUACGAUCCAUCAUUUGUUAAUACCUAUCAUUGAUUAAUUAUUAUCAUUAUUAUUAUUAAUUAUUGUUUUUUUGCACUGCGAUUUUUGGUGAUAAGCACAAAAGCAUAGCUCCUACUGACAGGAAGUACCGGAAGAACAUGCGAAGAGGAGUUUCUCUGGAAAGAUGAGAAAAUAUAUACUAAUGUACAGAGAGAUAUUAAAGAUUAAGAGGUUGCUUAUGGACAGCAACUAAAUGGAUACCCAUUCCCAAGUUAGGGCUAAUCAGAAAGCAGAUGUUUUUUGUUGUUGUGUCUUUGAGGUUGGGGGCAGAGAAGGGGCAGAGUAGAGACAGAGAGAGGAGGUGUUAAUGGUUAGCGCAUUGGGCCAGUAACUGAAAGGUUGCUAGAUCGAAUCCCCGAGCUGAUAAGGUAACAGUUAACCCUCUGUUCCUAGGCCGUCAUUGUGAAUAAGAAUUUGAUCUUAACCGACUUGCCUUGUUCUAUAAAGGUUGCAUGUUUUAUUUGUUUUUAUUAGUUGAUUAUUGGGUUAACGUCAUCUGAUUCUAUUGUAAUCUUAUAGUCCUACAAAUGGACUGCUAUAGACUUGUUAGAGCUGGCAGUUGUGAGGUAGUCCAGGCAUUGUCUUGUUUUCAGAACAUAACACAGCCACAUUACAAUGGACAUCUAGCUUGGCCCUCAUCUUCAUACCAGCAUUUAAAUACAAUUUAUUUGAUCUUCAUCUCAUCCUCUUCAUUGAAUUCUAGAGUUUUUGUUUUCAUCUGAAGAUCAUUUGUAUAAUGCGUCGAGCAAUAUGGACAAAGUGAACAUCUAGAAUCUAGUCACUGAAACCAUAGAGUAGCACUUAGAAUACACUAUGAGGAGCCUCAAAGCCAUAGUUCAAUAGGUGUAAUCCAUUUUAUAAACUGGGUGUUUUCGAGCCCUUAAUGCUGAUUGGCUGAAAACCAUGGUAUAUCAGACCGCAUACCACAGGUAUGACAUAACAUUUAUUUUUACUGCUUUAAUUACAUUGGUAACCAGUUUAUAAUAGCAAUAAGGCACCUCGGGGGUUUGUGGUAUAUGGCCAAUAUACCACUGCUAUGGGCUGAAUCGAGGCACUCCGCGAACAGCACUUAGGCAUGGUACAUUGGUCAUAUACCACAAACCCCCGAGGUGCCUUAUUGCUUAAAUCUAAAACUGACAUAUGACUUGCUUCCUUUUAAUCACCCCACUGUUAAACUCUGGAUUGGGUCAAACCCAGUUGUAGUAAGAACAAACAGUAAUAUUGAUGCUAAAGCCACUCUAUUGCCAGGAAAGAGGCUUUAGGAUAGGUCCUUCUUUUGUCUCCUUUGUUAUGAGAGUCAAACAUUUCUUUUGUCAUCCAUUUUAACUUUAUUUUUGCUUAAUUUAGAGCACUUAAUUUAUUUUUUACCUUUAUUUAACUAGGCAAGUCAGUUAAGAACAAAUUCUUAUUUUCAAUGACGGCCUAUGAACAGUGGGUUAACUGCCUGUUCAGGGGUAGAACAACAGAUUUGUACCUUGUCAGCUCGGGGAUUUCAGUUACAAGUCCACCACUCUAACCACUAGGCUACCCUGGCGCCAAUGUACUCGGUUAAGAGCGUUGUCCAGUAACUGAAAGUUUGCUGGAUCGAAUCCCCAAGCCAACUAGGUGAAAAAUCUGUCAGUGUGCCCUUGAGCGAGGCACUUAACCCUAAUUGCUUCCAUAUGGCGCUCUGGAUAAGAACUUCUGCUAAAUUAUUCAAAUGUAAAUGUAAAAUGUACUCCACAUCCAUCCCAUGAAAACAUCACAAUGGCCUGCUUCUGCCUCAACUGUUGUGUAUCUGUUUCAGUCGGAGCACUGCAGUCCCUGCCUUGAAGUAUGGUACUAUGUUAUAAUUAGCACACAGUAGAACAUUAACUAGACUCCCUAUUGGGACUCCAAUUCCCAGAAUGCAUUAGAUAGUGAAGCAGAAGGCAGGUACAGUCAGAAUGGAGAAGAGCCACCUGCAGUAGGAGAUCACACUGCCUCUGUCUUUACAGCACAUAGCACUACUUUCUAUCUGCCUUUCACAACACGUUUUCCUUCUGCCACAUGGAACUAUUCAGCCUCAGAUGUUCAAUUUGUAUCUUCUCAAACAAUGUUCUUAUCAUUUUUUUAAAGCCUGUUUCUUUGUAUGCAUUUUAUGGACUCAAAAAGGUUGCUUAACGAUGUGUUCGAUAUCAACGUUCAGGAUUUUACCGGUAAAAUGUUUAUUUAGUCUUCUUUUGUACUGCUUAAUGUUGAUAAAAGGAGAGUUGGAAAGCAAACGGAAGCUUUGCCAGAUAUGCUGUUGUACUGUUGUGUUCAUGUCAUUGUCAUUUCAUAUCAUCAACCUAGUGGCCAGUGUUCUGGAAAUGAGGUGCAAGGAGUGUCUCAGGUUAUUUUACUGUACAUUCUGGCGGUGUUCAUGUAUGUGUGUAUAUAUUCAUAUGCAUCUCCACUCGGUUAUUUCAUUCCAGUUUCAUUGCUGAAAGAUAUCCCUCUUUUAUGUCCGAUGCUGUCCUGUUUCAUUUCUUUUCGCCAGUGGUUUUAAUUCCACGUUUAGCGUGCUGGUCCAUCCACCUUAAGACAAGAUGUCAGUAACAGAACAUACCAAAUUAAUAUGGAUACUUCUAAUGUGUUUUUGUGUCUUUUUAAUAAUCAUGGUUUUCUUUUAAAUCACAGUGUUGUUGUUUUGUAUUUAUUAAAAUGAUAAUAAAAAGGUAUAUUGUGAAAUAUGUUAUCAAGAUUUGUGGAAUAUAAAAUGUUUGUUUUUUGUAAGCUUUGCUGUCGGAGAAGGCCAGGGAUGGGCAACUCCAGUCCUCAGGGGCCAGAGUGCUGUCACACAUUGUCCCCAUCCCUAGCAAACACAGCUGAUUAAACUAAUUGCAUUCUUAACUGAAGAUCAUGAUUAGUUGAUUAUUGGAGUCAGGUGAGUUAGCUGGGGCAAAAAUGUGGCAUCAAUAAGGCCCACUGAGGACUGAAAUUGCCCAUCCCUGAGCUGGGCCAUAAGGACUUGAUUGACUCUCCAGGUCCACAGCAAGUUGCAAAGCUGAGUCAUUAGUUGUCAGAGACAAUGGAGUCACUGGGUCCUGCACGUUAACAACUCUGCUCCGUCUCAUCUCAAAACGAAAGACUCUCAAACUUUUUCCAAACACAAACAGCGAUAUGCUCCUCAUUUGCUUGACAAGACAAUAGAUACAGGUGUCUUUUUUGGAAGGUUGGAAAGUACUUUGGCUUUCCGUCUCUUUGGUUCCUUUUCUCAGUAUUGUUGGAUCUGUGUGUUCGUCUUUUUGCAACAAAAAAAGAGGAUUAAAAAAAGAGAAAAAGAGCAAGUUGUUGGGUGAAGUCUUUCUGUACAGUGUCGGGCAAGGUGAGGCCAUCUCUCCAAUGCCAUUUCUACAUUCUGUACAACCUUCUGUAUUCCCUUGCAUGUCCUUGUCCAAUAAGAGGAAAAUAGUGGAGCAAGAAAUUCAACUUUUACAAGUCUCAUUCCCAUGUCCUGUAAGAAUCAAUCCAAGUUAUUUUCUUUCCUUGUACCUGGAUCACUAUCAACAAAUAAAAUAUUUUUGAAAAAUGUGAA